AGAGUUUCUUGGAAAUUCUUUUGCUCACUCCAAAACAUUCUCAAUGGCAACGCCAUUCCUCACCACGUCCACCACUUUGUCCCUUUCUCUUUCAACCCAUCUCCACCGUCUUUCCAGUUCCUUAUCCUCUACUUGUUUCCCUUUUAAGCCAAACCUCCACAGAGUCCGUAGAAGCCCAUCACUUCUUGCUUCCUAUGGAAACCCACACUUAUUUAACCACGAAGAUCAUCAUUCCACCUAUAAAUCAUUGCUAUCCACCAGAAUUCUUGGACCCAAAUCCAAUUUCUUGCAAAUGGGUCCUUCAGAAACUAGCUGUAGCAGAGAAAUUUUAGUCAAAUCCUCUGCAUCAGACAGUAGUAACACUGUCAUCUCCACUCUAUCUCAAAAAGUGUUUGGGGUUUUGCACUUGGUUGUUUCGCUUGGGAUAGUUCUGGCAAUGGAUAAGUUCUUGAAACAAGCUUUUGUGGCUGCUGCUAUAAAGUUCCCCAGUGCAUUAUUCGGAAUGUUUUGUAUAUUUUCUGUUUUGGUCAUACUUGAUACUACUAUCCCUGCUGCUGCAACAAGCUUGAUGAACUUUUUUGAGCCAGCCCUCAUGUUCAUUCAGAGAUGGCUUCCACUGUUUUAUGUUCCAGCUUUGGUGGUUCUGCCACUUUCUGUUAGAGAUAUUCCUGCUGCUUCAGGCCUCAAGAUAUGCUUCAUCAUAGCUGGAGGAUGGUUAGCUUCUCUUUGUGUUGCGGGUUUUACAGCUAUUGCCAUUAGGAAAAUUGUGAAUACAGAAAUGGUAGAUGCUGAGCCUAUGGCAAAACCUUCCUCAUUUGCUCCUAUAGAAUUUUGGACUUGGGGUGGUAUCUUUCUUGCAUCAUUUGUUAGUGCAAUUUUUUAUCCCACAGCAUUAGGGACAACUGCUCGAACAUGCCUUCCCUUCCUACUUGCUUCCACUGUGCUAGGCUACAUGGUUGGUUCGGGGUUGCCAUCUGCUGUGAAAAAAGUUCUUCAUCCGAUUAUUUGCUGUGCACUCUCAGCAGAUCUUGCAGCAGUGGCUUUUGGGUACAUUUCACAGUCGGGAGUUGAUGCGGUAUUAGGAGAUUACCUUACAAAGGUGUCAUCUAAUCCUGGAGCUGGUGAUGUUCUCAUGGGAUUUUUGGGCUCUGUCAUUCUUUCUUUUGCUUUCUCAAUGUUCAAACAAAGAAAGCUUGUCAAGAGACAUGCAGCUGAGAUUUUCAUAUCAAUCAUCUUGUCAAGUUUGUUUUCUUUGUAUUCAACUGCUCUUGUUGGACGUCUUGUUGGAUUAGAACCAAGUCUGACAGUUUCAAUUCUACCGAGAUGUAUAACUGUGGCAUUAGCUCUCAGCAUUGUUUCCCUUUUUGAAGGCGCCAAUUCAUCUCUCACAGCUGCAGCAGUUGUAGUGACUGGUCUAAUUGGUGCAAAUUUCGUGCAAGCAACACUUGACAAAUUACGUUUUCGUGAUCCUAUUGCUCGAGGAAUAGCGACUGCAUCUAGUGCCCAUGGAUUGGGAACAGCUGCAUUAUCAGCCAAGGAGCCUGAAGCCCUUCCAUUUUGUGCCAUUGCUUAUGGUCUCACUGGUAUAUUUGGCUCAUUGUUUUGCUCAGUACCGGUAAUCAGACAAAGCUUGCUCGCAAUCGUCGGCUGACACUACCGGUUGUAACAAUUCUGCACACUUGCUUGUCCCCGUCAGAUUGAUUAUAUUAUACAGCAUUAGGUCAACUCUAAACAAUGAUGCUGCAAAUAUUUCAUCAUAUCAUUAUUUGUGUUUUGAAUAUCGUUUUAUAAAAUGCUCUUUAUUUUCUUACCA